UCAACAUAUGUGUUCUCACAUGUCUCACAAGCUUUCACUUUCACUCUAUACGUAGUACCACCCCUCUUUUCUUGUCUACUUUGCUUUACAAGCAAACAAUAUCAACUUUUAUUACUCUCUUUAAUUUAUUUUUUGGCAUUGAAGAUCAACUAUGGAUUUUGAUUUUGGAGAUGAAUUCCAAGACUACUUUCCGUCGAUGAUGGCGGGUUUGGGGGCAGAAGGGUUUAUGCUCGAGCUUUGCUACGGGUUCCAGCUGCUUAUGGAUGCUAGUAAGGGAGUCAUCACUUUUGAGAGCUUGAAGAGGAAUUGUGUGAUAUUAGGUUUGCAUGAUAUUGGAGAUGCUGAGAUAGCGUGCAUGUUGAUGGAAGGUGAUUUGGAUGGAGAUGGUGCUUUGAGUCAGAUGGAGUUUUGCAGUCUCAUGUUUAGGUUAAGUCCUGGUUUGAAUUUUGAUGGAUCCAAGCAGCACUACCGGAUGGAAUGAUUGAUUAGAUGUUCAUGUUCCAAUGAAUUAAUUAAUCGAGGUAGUUCUAAUUAUGCAUCAAAAGGAGACA